UAAUUUCAUUCACUUUGAAGAGUCUCUUAUUCUGUACUUAUAAGUACAUCAUGAAAAUUACCAAAUUCAGCACAUAUCUUAGACUUGAAAAGUAAAACAAUCAAAAUUUUAAGUUAGUUUUCACUUUAUUUUGUUCUUGUAGGAAAGGGCUGUUCAGUAGCGCCCCCCUGAUUUGAGCGUGGCGCGCACUCCCCGCUGGCUCACUUACGCCCCUCUCUAUUGCCUUCUGCAAUGAUCGCGGACUGCGGGCGGUAGGCGCUCAGCAGGCCCAGGCGCGGCCAGCAGCAGCAGCAGGCGCAGCAGGCCACAGGGCACAACAAUGCCGGCCAGCUGGGGCGGCCAGUGUUGCUGCGGCCUCUAUGUGGAGGCCCCUCGCCCUCGCCGUCCACACGCAUCGCCAGGCAUGACUAGCUUCGCUGCGGCCGACUUCAGGAAGGACAACAUGUUCCGGCUCAGCUCUCUGGGCGCCGUGCCGGCCCUCUCCGUGCGGCCGCGGCCCGCGUGCGCGUCGCACCCCUUCGCGGCCGAGGAUGACUGCCAGCGCUUUGGCGACUUCCACCCGAUGUACGACGGGGUCCUCGAGGCCUGGCCGGCGGGCAGCAUCACUCCCGCCCCGCUGUGGAGGCAGCCGCGGCCCUCGCCCGGCGUCCCGAAGCAGGCCAUGUCCCCGGCCGGCGCGCUGGCGGGCGCCCUGGCGCCGCCCCCGCUGCCACCAACGCCCCUGCCGCUGCUGCCGCCGCUCCCCUUCUUCCCGGGGGACGAGCCCUGCAUCUACUCGGAGUGGCGCGAGUCCUGCCCCUGGCGGGAGGCUGACGCCGCGGGCGCGGGCGCGGGCCCCUCGGGCACGGCCGUGGCCACCCCGCACGGCACCAUGUCCCUCCGGCUGCACGACAGGGUGCGCGUCGACAUGAGCGUGGACCGCGCCAUCCGCGUCAUCAACCUCAAGAACAACAUCGUGCUGGCGCUGGGCGGCAACGGCUCCUCGGCGGCGCUGCUGCACCCCAACGGCAGGACGUACCAGUACGGCAGCCGCGUCGAGAUCCUGGCGCACGACUCGCGGGGCAACAACAAGUUCGCCAAGAUGUGGUACAAGGGGGUGAGCUUCACCUCCGAGCAGUGCGCGCUCGUGUACCUGGUGGACACGGCGGGGACGCGCACCACCACGGACAACUUCUCGGACAUGUCGCAAGACCUGUCGCUGUCCGUCUUCUACAACGACUCCCGCCACGGGCCGGCCUGCGUGUCGGAGGCCAUCAACCUGCUGGAGUCCGGCCAGUACUGGGUGACGGACGAGGGCGUCGAGAACUGGCUCAUCAACGGCGUGCGGGUGUCGCAGACUGCCGACGGGCUCGUCAGGUUCGCUCCCCACGCUCCCUUUGGUCCUUCCCCAACCGUGUCCCUCGGCCGACGCGCGGUCACCGCAAGGUCACCGGCUCUGUCCGUGCCCCACAGGGUCGCUCGCAACAGCAACAAGUACCAGGUGCGCACGUCGCCGUCCAACGGGUCCGCGUCGCUGACGACGCCCUUCCUGCACUGCACGGCGUCCCUGGGCCAGACGUCGCACCUGUUCGUGCGCCGGGGGGAGCGCCGCAUGCACUACGACGGCGCGAGCUUCAUCGUGCGCAACGCCGGCCACUCGGCGGGCUUCGACGAGAAGAACCAGCUCAAAGUGUACUAGGGUGUAACGGGGUGCAUGACCCCCCCGGCGGGUAGCGACCCCGCGCCCGGGCCGCUCCCCACCUCCACUCCGCCAUCACCCCCCGCGCCCCCUCACUGUAAAUAGUACGUACGUGCUGCGCCCUUAUGAGCGGGGCGCUUGCACCACCCAGCUUUCCAUAACCGUUCACCCCCACCGUGCUUUGUACUCUCUAGUCAUACUAUAUGUUUACUGAUUUGUCGAUAUUUGACCCUGCUCUGCGCUGGGCCCGUGUUUGUGUCGUUUGUGUCGAGUCCUAUCACAUUUUGUGUGUAGUGAUGUUAUAACGCUGUGCAAAUAGAAUUGUUGUUCUGUGCGUCGCUGUACA